UUCGAGGUGUUGCAGCCAUUUGGAGAGACGGACACGAGUGGCUGGAAUCAUUUGGAGAUGGGACAGAAUAUAUAAAAGGUCAGGUUUGGUGUGAAUGGAGAGGUCAUGCCAAAAAGAACUGGUUAGAACGUAGCAGGAUCAUUUCCAUCUUUGCAGUUUCUUCAAACAUACCCUUAAGUCAUGGCUGACUUUGACACGAUUCUGAAGUUUUGGGCUCCAGUAGAGGAGGACUUUAACACAUACGGAGGUCUGGUUCUGACUCGUUUAUUCGCUGAGCACCCUGAGACCCAGAAGCUGUUCCCCAAGUUUGCAGGAAUCGCCCAAGCCGACCUUGCCGGAAACCCGGCCAUUUCUGCCCACGGUGUCACAGUGCUGAAGAAACUGGGGGAGCUGCUGAAAGCUAAAGGCAAUCACGCCGCCAUCCUCAAACCUCUGUCCAAGACCCACGCCACGAAACACAAGAUAGCCCUCGUCAACUUCAAGCUGAUCACAGAAGUCAUCGUGAAGGUCUUGGAAGAGAAGGCAGGCCCGGACAGCGCCGGGAAGCAAGCGUUGAAUAACGCAAUGGACGUCGUCAUUGCCGACAUCGACGCAGACUACAAAGAGCUGGGCUUCGCCGGCUGAUGUUAGCUCACAAAAAGGAAUGCGGCCGUUUGGAAAUUUGGCAACUUUUAGGGCUGCUAUUUAAGAAUGAAUAUUAUGCUCGAAAUAGUAUUAACAAUAUAAAGUAUCUAGCGCAUGUGAGGUAAUGGCUCUCGAUUGCAGAAAAGUGUGAUGAAAUGUUUUGCUGUUCAUGUCUGUAACUGCACAGUAAUAAAAACGUGUUAAUGAA